AUGCCUCCUCGAAGAAGUCGCCGCGACGAAGAGGACGAGGAAGAGGAAGAAGAGCUCCAAGCCCUUCCCAGCGAUGACGAAGAAGAGGAAGAAGAGUAUGAAGACUCCGAAGUUGAUGAUGAGGAAGGAGAGGAAGAGGAAGACGAGGAGGAAGUAGAGGGAGAGGGAGAGGAAGAAGAGGAGGAAAAAGAGGCUCCUCCUGCAAAGAAGCGCAAGGCUGAGGCCGAACCCACCGAACCUGCUUCCAAGAAAUCCAAGAAAGUGGAUGAUGAGGAGGAAGACGAGGAGGAAGACGUCGAAAAUGAUGCUCCUGAAGACGAUGCUGAUGAGCAAGAGCAAGAAGAAGAUGAACCUGCCGUCAAGACGAAGAUCAUCAAGGGUUCCGAGAGCAAGACGGCCGCAGCUGAGGCCGAGACUGAGGACUUCGACGAUGAGGAGUAA